GGCUUCCCUGGAGCUUCCCUGUCCUCUCCAACCCCAUUUGUUCCUGGCUGAAAUCACCUUAAUUGUUGCAGAUUAUUACUGCACUGGAAAUUCUUCGGAUUGGGCCACGUACUGCGUAGUGUGCGGCAUCCACUAGACACGACCUCGAAAAUUCCCGAGUCCCAAUUCCAUUCCUGGUGUGUGGGAGUGUGAUAUUCCAAGCUGACACCUCACCAUCGUCCGUUUAUGUUAAAGUGAGCCUGACGAAGUUGACGAGUUUCGUGUCGCCAUCAUGAGGGCGGUAUUGACGCUGUUGCUGAUCGCCGUUCUCGCCACGGUGACCUUGGCCUGGACGAAAGAAGACCACGAAAUCUUCCGUCUCCACGACGAAGUCGCCGCCGCCGAGCACGGCCAAAACUGGUACGAAUGGCUGGGCGUCCCGCCCAGCGCGUCGCGGGAAGCCCUCGACCGCGGAUACAAGAAGAAAUCCCGGCAGCUGCACCCGGACAAGGCGAAGCAGGCGUUCAUCGCAUCGUACGCGAAGCCCAAGAAAGACAAAGACCCGAAGGCGAAGCCGACGGUGCACGUGCGCAAGCAGCCGACGGCGCGGGAGAUCGCGACGUUCGAGAAGGAGGCGUCGGCGCGGUUCGCGCGGCUAAGCGUGGUGAUGACGGUGCUUCGCGGGCCGGACCGGGCGCGGUACGAUUAUUUUCUGAAGAACGGGUUCCCAGCGUGGCGGGGGACGGGGUACUAUUACGAGCGGGUGCGGCCGGGGACGGGGACGGUGUUGCUGGGGUUGUUCCUGUUUGGGGGGGGGGCGAUCCAUUACGGAGCGAUGUAUUUGAGCUAUAAACGGCAGAGGGACUUCGUGGAGAGGUAUACGAGGCAUGCGCGGCAGAUGGCGUGGGGAGAUCCGUUGGGGGUCCCGGGGAUUCCGACGGGUUUGGGGACCGGAGCGGGCGGCGAGUCGAGCGCGGCGCAGGCGAGUGGCGGUGGGGAUAGCGAAGGCAGCGGCAGUGCAUUAAACCGGAGGCAGAAGAGAAUGCAGGACAAGGAAGCGAAGCGGUCGGGGAAGAAUGGGAAGGGUGGGAAGAGUAUCAAGGAGGAUAUCAGCGCGCCCGUCGAGGCGGAGAAGAUCAUCUCGGGGCCUGUCGGGAAUAAAAAGCGGGUGACGGCGCCGAAUGGGAAGAGUUUGCUGGUGGAUUCGGUGGGAAAUGUAUUCAUCGAGGAGGAGACGGAGGAGGGAGAGGUGAUGGAAUUCUUGAUUGAUGUCGACGAGAUCGAGAAACCCACGAUAUUCAAGACCAUUGUGUUCCGAUUACCCAUCUGGGCGUACAAUGCCUCGAUCGGACGCCUCAUCAACCCAGCCGGAUACCAAGACCAGGACGAGCCGCUAAUAAAGAGCGAUGAGGCAGAUGAGAACGAGUUGCUGAGCAAGGCGACUGCACCGAAUCAGAAUGCCGAAGCCACAAAACGGAAGUCAAAGGUUCGGCAUAGGUGAUCGCAUCAUGCUUGCUCUCACUUGGUGGGUUGAGUCGGGUAUUAUUACCUUGGUGUACAAAAGGAUAGGCCGCAGACUUGGGUAGAAGGUAAUUGUAUUAUAUCAGGUAGAAUUCUUCAGCGUCAUGCUAGCUGUCCAACAACCCGAGUCUUUCGAAAGUCAUAGCAUGACGUCCCAAUUGUUAAGCCCUCAUUGCCUAUUAUCUGCACCACAGAAGAUUAAGUCGCACCCUUUGAUACAGAUCUUGUCAUAGC